UAAAAAUGAAUAAAAGACGAAUUGCAAUGGAAAUUCUGUAUCAUUUAAUGGGAGAAAUGAAGAUUAUCCAUUUCUUUCCUUUCAAGACUUCGAAAUCAAUAAUUCAGACUUCAAACAAUUCAGAGUUCAUUGUUAUUGUCUGGCAGGAGUGUUCAUUGGAAAUUCCUGUAUUUCGGUGUGCUAAUAGUUCUUCCAAUGAUUCGUCUCUGAAGAACUUUGGGCUUUUUUACAGAUGUUAUUGUUGGAGAAGAAUGUUAGCAUUUGACAAGUUAUAAAUUGGAAAGUGUGACAGUUUCUGUAUUCAAAGUAAAUUCUUCCUAUUCGUUCGGGAGAUGGCUGAAAACAACGGUGAAUUAGAAAUUGAGGAGGAUAUCAUAAUAAAUGAUCAGGACGGUUUGCCCAACGUCCAUCCGAAUCUACUUUCGGAAAAUGAAAUAGACAGCCCACAGGAGAACAAUUCCGAAGAUGAAUUUGACGAUUUGCCAAGUUCUCUGAUAGUAACAAAUAUUCAUGAUAGUGUUUUCAUAACACCUGAGCACAAAGACGAGAUGGAAAACCUCUUUCGUAACUUUGACCCAGACGUCACCUUCCAGUGGCUGAGGAGCUUCCGCAGGUUACGUGUUAACUUCAAAACUCCUUUAGCUGCCGCCAGUGCUCGGAUACAACUGCACCAAUACAAAAUCAACGAAUCAGUCAUCACCUGUUAUUUUGCUCAGCCUGUCACACCGGUCAAAAACAGCAGUCUCCAACCACCCGCACCCUACAAGCAGUUUCUCAUAUCUCCCCCAACGUCCCCACCCGUGGGGUGGGUGCCCAGAGAAGAGGGGGAACCAAUGAUCAAUCACGAUUUACUGGCGGCUAUCGCCAAUUUGGCUCCUGGUUCGUCUCAUGAACUUCAUCCUCCAUCUCCAGGACAACCCAGUAUUGUCGUACACACUGCUCUAGGUGCUAUGGGGGCCAAAGGCAUGCCCUUGGUUCCAACAGCUUGCCCAGAAAGGAGUUAAUUUGUGUGAUCUAACUGUAAAUAAAGGUAAAUAACACAUUGGAUGAUGUGUAACCUACUGAAUAAGUGAGCCAAAAUAUUAAGAAUUUUAUUUAUUUAUUAUAUAUCUCUGUAUAUUUAUCAAGCAACUUUUAUUGUUGACAUAUAUUUUUUUUAAUUUCUUAUUCUAAUCAACUAAAUUAUGUUUUUCACUUUGUUUUAAUCGAAAAUUUGGCUAACUUAUUGAGUAAUAAUCGAAUUGGACCAAGAUUAUUAUCUCUUGAAUUUAAAUUGAAUUGUUCUUCAAUCAAUGGUAACAACUUUAAAGACAUAAUUGUUCGAAACUAAAAUAUACUUCGAAAAUAAUUCAUUGUGACCUGCUCCAAAUUUUCAGUGGAAGAACGUACUUUACAGAUGUAUUAUGUAUUUCAGUCACGAUAAAGAAUUAUACGCUAGUUCAUGACAUAAAUACAAAUUGUAGAUAGAAUUCAACCUCAGUUCAAUCUGAAUUUUUCUCAACCUGGAAAAAAUUUUGAUAAGUUUUUUUAGUUUCUCUUCGAGCUGCUUUGGUUGUAAAUUCCAUCGAACGAUAUUGUAGUUUACCGAUCGAGUGAGAAUUGAUCAUUAUAAUUCGGCUUGCCGUAGAAAAUUUUAUGUAGGAUUUGAUGCAAAUACCUAUCUAUUAUUAUGUGAUAAUUUUUUUGAGGUAGGUGAUUUGGUGAAUGGUUGGUGGGUAGGAUUUUCAGCAGUUUAUUUUGUUUAUUUUUGUUCUGUGUUUGCUUAAUUCUUAGGUCAAACUCUAAUUGUUUUUGUAAAUAUGUUACUAAGCAGAGCUUUCAACAGACAAUUAGUGGAUUUACAUCAAUUUUGACACAUAUUAGAGAACUUAGUGAUAAAACUAUAUAGUAUAUGAUAUAGAUAUGCAAAGGAAUAUCAAGUCGUUCAUUCAUAAAGUAUAGAAUUUGUACCCCUUAAAUGCCAAAAGAAUUCCUCAGCGCACAUGUUGGCUGAAAGAGUAGGUUUUUAUC